UUGUCUUAACGCUUCACCCUCAACGUGAUCCCACUGUGGCAAUUGGCAGGCGGACUGUGGAGGUCAUUGUGAUUCCCACUACGCCGUGACAUCAAGACAAGUGGAAAGUGGGAAAGUGAAGUUAGUUGAAUGAAAACAAGUGACAGGUUCUCAGACACACGUGGCAGUUGUGAAUAAACGAUAGCAUAAACACGGUUGUUCUGAUACUUUGAGGAAUAAGUGAAAAGAUAAGAGAUUAAUGACAGUGAAUGACAAAUAAAUGAUAAAUAUUGUAAUGUUAGUAAUUUGAAGCACGGUAACACUGGACGCGUGCACAGAAACAGAGGCAGUAGACUACCAUGCACCAUAUCACGCCCUCACACGUGCCCCUGCUCUAGUGACGUACCCCGAGUGUGCAGUAGCGCCGCCACCCUCCUCCACUCCCUGCGAGGUGUGAGCGAGGGGUCGGUGUGGUAGGGGUGGUGGCGGCGUGGCGGCGGUGGGCAUGGGUGGGGCGUGAGGCGAUGAGAGGCGUGCCACAUGCCGGGGGCAGCGUCCAUCGCCUCCAACAUGAAGAUGAAGGCGAGAUGGCGCGAGGCGGUGAGGAAACUGCAACUAACAGACUGGGACACGCCGAUGCUGCGUCCCAAGAAAUUUGAAAUCCGGUUUGACGCACCGGGAGCCGUGUACUUCUCAACGCAGACCAUCACAGGCAGCGUGCUGCUGGAGGUGACUGAGCCCAUCAACCUGAAGGGCGUCAAGAUGCGGUUCCGAGGAGAGUGCUGCAUCCACUUCUCUGACUACCCAACUCAGCUGCAGAAACUGAAAAAGGGUGGAAAGUCAGCGGGCAAGAGACUAUUGAACAGCACCUCUUCCACCUCCACCACCUCCACCAACACGUGGCUGUCCCAACAGAACGGACACGCACGUGGCAUUGUCAACCCCGGCUACAUCCCUGACAACCCAGGGAGUGAUGAUGAGCAGAACGUUGGAGGUGGCAACAGUGGUGGCAGUAGUAGGAGUUACAGCAGUGACAGGAGGAGGGGUGAAUGUGGGCGCAUGACUCCCUUGUCACGGCCCAGGUCAACAGAAGGUGCGUGGCUGGAGGGCUCCUUCAAAGGACCCCGCCAACACUACCGGGCACAGGAGACCUACUUUGACUGCGAGUUUUACAUUUAUGGACACAAGUACCAGAAGGAUGAGAAGGAGCUCCUUCCUGCUGGCGAGCAUGAGUUCCCCUUCGCCUUCAACCUGCCUCCCAACCUCCCACCGAGCUUCCACAGUGACAAGGGCUUCAUCACUUACACUGCCAUUGCCAUCCUGGACCGUCCCGCUGCAGCCAAUCUGGUGCAAAAGGCUGGCUUCAGCCUACACUCCAUCCUGGACCUAAACAUGUACUCCCAGGCUUCGUCUUCAUGUAGCCGCAGCAAGUCCAAAAAUUUGUGCUGCUUCUGCUGCCAGACUGGUCCCAUCACUUUGGCAGCAAGGAUCCCUCGCAGAGGUUACGUGCCUGGGGAGAAAAUCUACGUCACAGCUGAGGUGGACAACAUCUCCUCCAGGAACACACGCAAGACCAGGCUCCUUCUUCUUCAGGUCAUCACCUACAUCAUGCCCAACGGUGUGAAGGAGGUGGUGGAGGAGCGGGUUGUGAAGGAGGUGGUGCGGGGCAUGAUCCCUCCUGGAGAGUCUGACAUGUGGGAGGCUGUGGCCCUAACUGUACCGCCCUUAGUGCCAGCUAACGUCCACCUCACCUGCCGCCUGCUGGACGUCCAGUACCGCAUUGAUAUGAUCCUGGAACCGCCACUGCCGUCUGCAGACUUGAAGGUCAGCAUGCCACUCACUAUUGGGUCAGUACCGCUGCGCAACCGUUUCACCACCUUCCUGCCGCCCGGUGAGACACGCCGCGCCUCGGGCCUCCCAGGCAUCAACUACAGCAACUUCCCUUUUUACUGGUUUGGCGAGUGUUUCUUCGGCUCGGAGGCGCUAGAGAGGCAGUACGAACGAAUCACGGGAAUGACGGAGGACUACGGCCCCCAGUUCAGUCCCAUCACGCCCUUUGCCCCAAAGUACAUAUGCUACACUCCUGGUAACAAUGUGGAUGAAAAUGUUCGAUGACCCAAAGAAGGGGAGACUUUUGGAAUGACACUGAAAAGAGAUGCUUGGCAAACUGAAGGAAAACUCUAAGAAAGAAUGACUUGUCUGAACUGGUGUGUGCAAGACCAACUCUCCAAGCCCUAUACUGGAAAUAAGGGGAGUUAUUGUGUGUGCUGUGCAAGAGUAACCCCUUCUGUCUUAACAAACAAAACGCAAGUGAACAAUUUGUUUUUUUUUAUAAGUGGAAGGAAGCACCAUUCAGUUGGAUUGCAAGGUUACAGCAGCCAUUUGCAAGGGAAGAUAUUUAUAUACCACAAGUUAGAAGUCUUCAGAUACAUUUAGAAUGAGUUAAAGAAAGUGACCUUUGUCAGUAAAUGUGAGAAGAAAAGUUUAUCUAUUUUAGGUAUAAAAGAUUCCAGUCUCAAGUGAGAAUUAAUUCUUGCCAUUCCGUACAACUAUAGCAGUGCAUAAAUUUUCUUGGCAUUGUAAUGAUCCUUCAUGAACAUGCACUCCAUCAUGGAAAUGUGUCAUUGCACCACUACUUCAUCAUUCAUUCUGAAGAAGGGAUGAAUUAUGAUGAAUUAGAGUGUAAUGACAUUUCUUUCUCUUCUUGGGAAAUUUCUUAUUUUCUUGCCACCAUGUUAUUGUAAAAGCAAUCAAUGUCAUCUGCAGUUUUGUGUGGAGGCUGCAGAAUUUUCCCUCCAGUUAUUGUCUUUAUUCCACUCAGAAAGCCUUCCACUCACUGGCUUACACGCACUCAGAUAUUUGUAAGGGAUCUCAGUCAAGACAAUGAAGCUUAGUUCACAGCCCCUCAACCAGUCUGUCAGUCUCAUUGAGGAGGAAAGCUCCCACACUCAGUCCUCAGUCUAAUCAAGAUGACAAGGGGAAUCAUUAUUAAGAGAAACAAGUACAAAGAUAUCUCUAAAAUAAUUACGUACAUGUGUUGUUUUAAGUAUACAAGUCUUGUAAUUUUUAUCAUGGAAGAUUGAAAAUUAAAGAAAUUGCCAAGAACCAGAAAAUCAUGGAAAUUAUUCAUUACUUGUGAUAAUUUCUAAGUAAAAUAACUGGGGAGAUCUGUAGAUUGAGGGCUUUCAUUUUUAUCAAUAUGAGCCAAGAAUUCAAGAAUUAAUUCAGAGCUUUAAGGAAUGUACUACAGCAACAUUGAACAUUUCCAGUAGCUUCGUGAAGUCGCGGUGUUCCUGUGUGGUGGUUGGU